AUGGAUUUAGAUGAUGAUGGUCGAUUGCAAAAUGUUCUAUGGGUGGAUGCAAGAAGUAGGGCCGCAUUUAGGGAAUUUGGUGAUGUUGUGACAUUCGAGACGACAUAUUUAACCAACAAAUAUGAUAUGCUAUUUGCUACAUUUGUCGGUGUUAACCAUCACGGCCAAUCCACAUUAUUAGGCUGUGGGUUAAUCUCCCACGAGGACACAGAAACUUUUGUUUGGCUUUUUAAAGUGUGGCUUGCUUGUAUGGGAAAUUCUACUCCUAAGGCAAUAAUCAUAGACCAGGACAGGGCUAUGCAAAAUGCCGUCGAGAUUGUGUUUCCCGAUACAAGACAUAGAUGGUGUUUGUGGCAUAUUAUGAAGAAGUUGCCGGAAAAGUUAAAAGGUUAUAGGGAAUAUGAACAUAUAAAGUUUACUUUGCAAAAUGUUGUGUAUGAUUCGUUGACAUGUGAGGAGUUUGAAGAAUGGUGGAAUUCGUUCAUUGAAAAAUACAACCUGCACGGCAAUGAUUGGUUAUCUAGUUUGUAUAAUGAAAGAUAUCGUUGGGUGUCGGCAUUUGUGAAAGGUACUUUCUGGGCUGGAAUGUCUACUACGCAACAUAGUGAAAGCAUGCAUGCCCUUUUCGAUGGGUACAUAAAUUCGAAAACGACAUUAAAACAAUUUGUAGAACAAUAUGAGAAUGCAUUGCGUGAUAAAGUCAAAAAAGAAAAUGAGGCUGAUUUCAAAUCGAUCAAAUCAUCGAUACCUUGUAUAAGCAUUUAUCCUAUAGAGAAACAAUUUCAAGAGGCAUACACUACUGCAAAAUUCAAAGAGUUUCAAAAAGAGCUUGCAGGUAAGCUCCAUUAUGAGAUAUAUUCUUUGAAGGAUAUGGAGUCCAAAGUUGAAUAUGUUGUGAAGGAAGAUGUAAUGGUUGGAGAGAUAUACCGUCAGGUUUCGUUUGUGGUUUGGUCUGAGAACCGUUGUUCUGAGUACAUUUUAAGGCAUUGGAGGAAAAAUGUAUUCAGAUGCCACACGAAAGUUAAGGGUGGGAGUUCACAAGAAUCAAAAGAAUCAAAUGAAGCUGAUGUAAAUGAUAUUAACUUCCACAAUCAUGAUGCAGGAGUCUAUGUUUUAAGUCCGGGUUAUAACGACAUGUCAGUAAGUUUAAGGCCAUCACUUGGAGAUGCAGAAUAG